UUGUUCAAUAGCGGAUGUUCCAGGCAUGGCCAGCAUGGCGGUCCAGCUGAUGGGCUUCUUCCUGGGUCUGCUGGGGCUUGUGGGUAGUGUAGUUGCUACGGUGCUCCCCCACUGGAGGCGGACGGCCUAUGUGGGCUCUAACUUCAUCACAGCCACUGCCUUCUUGAAGGGGCUCUGGACGGAGUGUGUGUGGCACAGCACGGGCAUCUACCAGUGUGAAGUAUACCGCUCAAUGCUGGCUCUGCCACCUGACCUGCAGGUAGGAAUGAUUGGUUGAUUGAUUUGUUGAUUGAUUGAUUAAUUGAUUAGAUUAAUUUGAGCACAUGGUAGUUUAUUAAAAUGGGGGCAGGGUGUCAUUUGAGCAACAGCCAUUAUGAUACUAAACUCCUCUCACUCCCUCCCUCCCUAGGCGGCACGGGCGUUGAUGUUGCUAUCCUGCCUGACCUCCACCCUGGCAGUCCUCGUGUCCUCUGCAGGGAUGAAGUGUACCCGCUGUGCCCGCGGCUCAUAAAUAAAAAAAUUUAUUGGUCAUUUAGCAGACGCUCUUAUCCAGAGCGACUUACAGGAGCAAUUAGGGUUAAGUGCCUUGCUCAAGGGCACAUCGACAGGUUUUUCACCUAGUCGGCUCGGGGAUUAGAACCAGCGACCUUUCGGUUACUGGCACAACGCUCUUACCCACUAAGCUACCUGCCAUCCACCAAGCACGCCCUGGCCAUCAGUGGAGGGGUCUGCUUCCUGUCUGCAGGCAUGCUCUGCCUAAUCACUGUCUGCUGGACAACCAAUGAUGUCAUCCUUGACUUCUACAACCCCAUCAUACCUGAAGGUACUAUUCAAUAUAUUUUAUUCAUCUUUAUGUAUGUAUUUUAUAACUCUGCUACUAGUCUUUUUUCAUUUAAACAUGUUUGCAGAAAUAACAAACAAUUACAAAAUAACAAGAAAUGUUACUUUGUGUUGCAGGUAUAAGGUAUGAGAUUGGUGUGGCAGUAUAUUUGGGCUACGUCUCAGCCUGUCUUAGUCUGAUGGGAGGGGCGGUGCUCUGUUGGAACUGUGAGGGGCGGCCCAGGAACCCCCUCCAUCUACCUCGUUAUCGCCACCCUCCUCCUCCCCUCGUCUUCAGUACUAUAAACACCCCCAACACCCAAGCACCCCCCUACUAUCCCCCUGUCGCCCUGAAAGGGAACCACACCCCCUCACGCACCUCAGUGUCCAGCAAUGGCUACAGACUCAACGACUACGUC